GAGAUUCCCUUCCAUGUGAACUGAAAGCCGUAAAAUUCACAAAAAUGACGACUCCAACAGACCUCUCAGAUUACUCACCAUCCGCUACCAUAACCCCCUUCGACUGCCCGGUUCCCUUGCUCCGCGGACCGGUUCCGGCCAGUCCGUCCGACGACCCAUCGGCAGGUCCGUUCGUUCUUGCAUUCCGAGACUCUCGAGCCUGGAGAUCCGCCUUCAAAGCCUGCGAAUCCAAAAUCAUCGAGCAGUGCGAGGCCGGAGCAAGGAUCGGGUGUGCCGUCAGCGCAUCGAGCAAGUGUGGACCGCCCUGGUGGUGGGCUCUGAUUGGCCGAAGCCCUCCGAGCCUGGCGGAGAGGGAAGAGUGCGAAGAGCGUGAAAUGGCGGCCUGUGUUGCGGCUUCCAAGGAGAAGUGUGUGAAGUUUGCUAAGGACAAGUGUUUGGGUCCGUUCAGAGAUGCGAGAAUUGCGGUGAAUGGGAGGGAUUUGACGAGGAAGAAGAAGAGGGAAGCAGUGGAGUUGAUUUUUUGGGCUUCCAUGGGUGGGAGAAGAAAUUCAAUUGGAUUGGAGAAUUUGGGGUCUUGGGUUUUGUCGAAAUGCAAACUUGGAGAGACCAACUACAGGGGAAGUGAUUUACUAGAUACUCAAAAUGUUGAAAAUUCCUUGUGUUUGAGGUGAAUUGUUGGGAAAGAACAAGGGUUUUGUGGCGUUUUGGAUUUUUGUUUGAGGUGAAUUGUUGGUAAUGGAACAUGGGUUCUGUGGCAUUUGAUAUUUUUCAUUUUUUGGUUUUUUGUGGGGGUCAAGAAGUAGAGAAGAAUGAUUUCUUUCAGCUGGUUUGGGGGCAUUGGGGAUUGGUGAAUGAAAAGAAGGUGAUGAAGAAAGGGGAUUUCAGAGUUCAUUACUGGGUUUUAAGGACUCGUACAGUUGGAAUGAAAAAUUAUAGAGGAAGUGAUUUAGUAGGCUGUGAAAGCUGAGAAGGGGGUGGGGGCGGGUGUGUUCAAGGAGUAGAAAAGAAUGAUUCCUUUUAGCUGGUUGGGGGGCAUUGGGGAUUGGUGAGUGAAAGGAAGGUGAUGAAGAAAGGGAUUUCAUAGUUGAUUAUUGGGUUUUGUUGGAUGGGAUUAUGAGGUUUAGUUUUAAGUGGGGUUGUUGGAACUGUAUGGUUGGGGUGGCAAAUUAUAGAGGAAAUGAUCUAGUUGGCUGUUAUACUGGUGCUGUGUCUAAUGGGUUCUGUGCCAUUGGGUUUUUUUUUCUUUCUUUCUCGUUCCUUUAUUUUUUUGGGGUCAAGAAGUGGAGAAGAAUGAUUGCUUUGGCUGGUUUGGGGGUAUUGAGGAUAGGUGAGUGAAAGGAAGGUGAUGAAGAAAGGGAUUUCAUAGUUGAUUAUUGGGUUUUGUUGGAUGGGAUUAUGAGGUUUAGUUUUAAGUGGGGUUCUUGGAACUGCAUGGUUGAGGUGACAAAUUAUAGAGGAAGUGAUCUAGUAGUUGGCUGUGAUACUAGUGCUGUGAAUGCUGAGAAUUCCUCUAAUGGGUUCUGUGGCAUUGGGUUUUUUUUUCUUUCUUUCUUGUUCCUUUAUUUUUUUGGGGUCAAGAAGUGGAGAAGAAUGAUUGCUUUGGCUGGUUUGGGGGCAUUGUGGAUGGGUGAGUGAAAGGAAGGUGAUGAAGAAAGGGAUUUCAUAGUUGAUUAUUGGGUUUUGUUGGAUAGAUUGUGAGAUUUAUUUUUAAGUGGGAUUCUUGGAAAUGUAUGGUUGGGGUGGCAAAUCAUAGAGGAAGUGAUUUGGUAGGCUGUAAUACUAAUACUUUGAAUGCUGAGAAUUCUUCCAAUGGGAUCAAUGGCAAUGGGUCAAGGUCUGAAGUAUUGAGAAGUGGGGCAUAUGUAAUUUUGCAAUGGGUUCAAACUAUUAAAAUUUGGGUUGAAAGAAUGUUGAGGAAGACAUGGAUUUGGCAUUUGGGUUGUCUGGUACAAGAAUCAGUUCAUGAGAAUGGUUUCAAAGCUGGUUUUAUGCCUGAAGAAUUGAUGAACUAGGGCUUGUUGGUCUCUUAAACUCAGAGGUGUUGAAGUUUUUGGCAUCUUUCAUGAAGUUUUCUUCUGAAAUUAGCAUCAAAAUAGAAAAGAAAACAACCAGACUUAUCGAUAUUGGACGACUGGAUAUGCAGUUUGAACAGCUCCAUCCCUUUGAUAGAAUCUUAAAUAUAGAAAUUUGGCAAAACCCCAUUAGUAUAGCAUUGUGGGACUCCUUGGGAUGAGGUAGAGCUUGCCAUUUCUUGGCUUAAGGAGUUGGAAAUAAUGAUUUUGUGGCUGGUUUGAUCCUUGAAGAUUGGUGAAUUUUUGGACUGAGAUCAGCUUGAGGAAGGAUGAUAGAUUGCUAGAAUAUUGGAAGAGAAUGUAAGGGUUGUGGCUGGUUUGAGGCCUUGAAGAUUGGUGAAUUUUUGGACUGAGAUCAGCUUGAGGAAGGAUGACAGAUUGCUAGAAUGUUGGAAGAGGAUGUAAGGAGCAUUGACGGGGCGUGGAGUCUUUCUUUUAUCCUGUUCCCUGUAUAAAGUGCGGAACACGACACUUGAAACUAAAAAAAAAUCAAAUUUGGUUUAAAAAACCAUGAGGCGCCAUGCCAGGAAGACUCUGUCCUUAUAGUCGUCGUCACAUGCUUUCCGCCAUUUAAAAUGGCCCCGCCACUGACGCAACGUUGGCCGGACGUUCUAGACCGGGGGGCGCGUACUGACACAGACGUUCAACUCCCUUGCCACUUGCCUAUUUACCCAUUUUUUAAUCUUUCGCCCAAGGAACAAGAAAAACGAGGCAAUGUGUCUUGCAGCACACGAAUCAAAAACAGUCUUUGGGUAAAGUUGUGAACACGGGUGUAAAUAUUCUAAGAUAUUGAAUCAGUGUCACAUGAACUUUGUAUUUGAGGCGCUGAAAUAUAUGACUUAAUUUGAACUGUUAAAUAAAGAUAUAUCAAAAGAGAAAAGGACUAUUAUGAGGGUAAA